UUUUGAAAUAUUUAUUAAAAUGGACGCAUCCUUCAAACUUGUUAAGAAGCUUCCUAAUAUAAUUGCUCAUAUUUUUCAGACAAAGAUUGCUGAAGGUGACCAGUUGCAAAGAAGACAUAAAAAUCCAAAGACUUAUUUCUGUGCGAAAUCAGCUCCGACAUUAUCAAUUAAGAAUUAUCUUUUCCAUCUGAUCAAGAAUUUAAGAACCCCUCCAUCAACACUGAUCUUGAUGAUGAUUUAUGUUGAGAGAUUCUUACAAAGCUUGACUCAGGCACUUGCUUCAACUGGGAGUCAGUAUCAAUACCUUCUGACUUCAAACAAUGCACAUAGAAUAGUUAUGAGUGCUCUCCUGCUAGCUCAUAAGUACUCUAUUGAUGCAACAUACCCAUUUGGCGUACUUGGGAAAGUAGUUGGGGUUUCUGCAGAAGAACUCAAAAUUCUCGAAUCAGAAUUCUUGGUGUUUGUUAAAUUUGAUCUCUACGUCUCAGAGGACUUCUACUCAAAGUACGAAGAGGUAUUCACACAUUGGCCUGAUCUUGGAGAUGAUAAUGCAGAAGAGAUUCGAAUGGAGGCUGAUCAAUCUUCUUGGAAAGUUGAAAGAAAACUUGAGGAUUCCAAAGGUAUUGGCAAUACAACACCUGUUAAGAAUAAUGCUGUUCCAACGGAUGAAGAUCUAGCAAUGACUGGCAAUGAAAAUACCUUCUUGUCACCUCAGUUCUUGGACGAAUGGAGCAUGGAAGAGGAUGAAGUGAACCCUCCUCCUAGAAAUAGAAGAGGUGUCGCCGAUAGUCCCUCUUCAACUGUCCAAAAUUUGGACAUCAGAUCUCACUUUUAUGAAGAUGAUCCAGAGAGUGAAGGUGAAGACACAGAAAUGCCUCAAUUCGAUCUGAGUGAUCUCGGAGAAGAUGAAUACUUUGAUGAUGUAUUUAUUCAAACUUAUUAAAGCAUUACUCAUUUUAGGAUAAUAGGGUCACAAAGACCUUUCCUUAAUUUUAGAAUAACUGUUUCUUUCUCUAAACUAAUUUUCAUGUACUUUUAUGAUG